UAAUUAAAACUGCUAGGUGGCCGAUGAUGGAGACCACCUUUACAUAAAAAAAAAAAAAUCGAAUGUGUCCCCUGUCAAUCUGUCAACAAUUCAACAAUCGUUUUAGUUAUGCUCGUUGUGUGUAAAUUAUCUAAUUGACCAUAUAAAUAUCAGGUUUUCUUUUUUGAAUCAUGGAAAUAAUAUACGUGAAUUUAAAUUGGGUGUUAGUAUUGCAAUGUGCACUUAAUUGAUGUUGACAACCUAAUAGUCAGGAUGCUUACGUCAAUCUACUUUCACAAAUUUAACCUGUUAUUACAUUACUUAUCUUACUUAUCAAUUCUGCCCUCCACUAUAUGUUCGUUGGAUAGAAUUUGAACUGGGGAUCAGUGGGGUCAGGUGUCAUAGUUGACGAUGCAAAAUAAUUCCAAAACCAGAGAGAUGUUCAUUGUCAGAGCUCUUGAAAAAAUCCUCGCCGACAGAGAUGUCAAAAGAUCACAUCUCUCACAACUAAGAAAAGCUUGCGAAUCAGCACUUGAGGAUUUGAGAAAUGAAAUCAAGGAUGUUCCCAAUUCGCAGAGUGAAGAGGCAAUUUCAAAUGCGCUCCCACAGCCAAAAAGUGAUUCAAGUGUUAUUUCGGCGGAAAAAUAUUUUCUUCCCUUUGAAUUGGCGUGUCAAAGUAAAUCGCCAAGAAUUGUUGUCACAUCGUUGGAUUGUUUACAAAAGUUGAUAGCGUAUGGUCACCUGACAGGCAGUGUUCCAGAUUCAACAGAUCCAAGUAAAUUACUUAUCGUUCGAAUCGUGGAGACAAUAUGUGCUUGUUUUAUGGGCCCACAGACGGACGAAGGUGUUCAAUUACAAAUUAUUAAAGCCUUGUUGACAGUCAUGACAAGUCAACAUGUCGAAGUUCAUGAAGGAACUGUACUUUUUACAAUUCGCACUGUUUAUAAUGUUUAUCUUGCUUCGCGAAAUUUAGUCAAUCAAACGACAGCACGUGCCACACUUACACAAAUGAUAAAUGUUAUUUUUGCUCGUAUGGAAACGCAAGCCGAGGAGGAACACAUUAAAGCGGAAUUAGAACAACCUACUGAUCAAUCGGGAACUUCUGGGACGGAAACAGAAAGUGAACAAGUAAUUAAUGAAGAACAAAGUGGAGAAAAUGUCCAAGAGUCACAGAUUGUGGUGAAAUCAAUUUUAGAUGAUGUGGUGAAUACAAUUAUUUCUGAAGAUCCACCAGUUCCUGUCACUUCUGAAACAAUAAGUUUGGAUCAAGUUCCAACGGAUGACAAUACAGAUGAGACUGUCGCCGAAAGUGAUAAUAUCGUAACGGCCAAAUUCACUCAUGUUUUACAAAAAGAUGCCUUCUUGGUUUUUCGGGCACUUUGCAAACUUUCUAUGAAACCUCUGCUCGAUGGAAUUCCUGAUCCAAAAUCUCACGAGCUACGAUCAAAAAUACUGUCGUUACAAUUGCUGCUGGGAAUAUUACAGAAUGCGGGACCAAUUUUAAGGUCCAAUGAAAUGUUCGUAAUUGCAAUUAAACAGUAUUUAUGUGUGGCAUUAUCGAAAAAUGGUGUUUCUUCAGUACCUGAAGUUUUUGAAUUGUCACUGGCGUUAUUCCUUGCAUUAUUAGCUCGUUUUAAGGUACAUUUAAAAAUGCAGAUUGAAGUAUUUUUCAAGGAGAUUUUCAUGAAUAUACUCGAAACUUCAAGUAGUUCCUUUGAACAUAAAUGGAUGGUGAUACACGCACUCACUCGUAUUUGUGCAGAUGCACAAAGUGUCGUUGAUAUUUACGUUAAUUAUGACUGUGAUCUUUCUGCUGCUAAUUUAUUUGAAAGGCUGGUUAAUGACUUAUCGAAAAUAGCGCAGGGUCGACAUGCCUUGGAACUUGGUGCUUCACCAAAUCAGGAGAAAUCUAUGCGCAUACGAGGUCUCGAGUGUUUGGUGUCAAUUUUGAAAUGUAUGGUCGAAUGGAGUCGUGAUCUCUAUGUUAAUCCGAGCAUUCCAGCUGAGCAACAAUUACCCUCGGAACCGCCUGAUCCACCGCUUGAUCCACCCUUGCCUCGAUAUGGAAGCGCGGGUAGUUUAUCUUCAGCCAAUUCUAGUCUCGUAGGAAAUAAGGAAGUUCCCGAUUCUCCGGAACAAUACGAGGUACAAAAACAUCAGAAGGAAGUUUGGGAAGCUGGAAUUGAAAUAUUUAAUCGUAAACCAAGCAAAGGAAUACAGUAUCUUCAGGAGCAAGGUCGUCUUGGUACAUCACAGGCUGAUGUGGCAAGAUGGCUUCACGUUGACGAGCGACUUGAUAAAACUGCAAUUGGUGAUUUUCUUGGCGAUCAUAAUCAUAAUGUUGUUAUGUACAGUUAUAUAGAUCAAAUGGAUUUUGCCAAACGAGAAUUAGUUCCUGCUCUGAGAUAUUUUUUGGAAGGAUUUAGACUUCCGGGUGAAGCUCAAAAAAUUGAUCGUCUAAUGGAGAAAUUUGCUAGUCGAUACUGCGAGUGUAAUCCUAAUAAUGGUUUGUUCACUAGUGCCGAUACUGUCUACGUUCUCGGCUUUUCAAUAAUUAUGCUUACUACCGAUUUACAUUCACCUCAGGUCAAAAAUAAAAUGACCAAAGAGCAAUACAUCAAACUCAAUCGACGAAUUAGUGAUAAUGAAGAUUUGCCAGAGGAGUAUUUGUCGAAAAUUUACGAUGAAAUAGCGGGCAACGAAAUCAAAAUGAAAUCAAAUCCAAAUAGACUUGGAAAACAAGUUAUAUCUAGUGAAAAGAAACGUCGUCUUUUGUGGAAUAUGGAAAUGGAAGUCAUUUCAACGGCAGCGAAAAAUUUAAUGGAAUCGGUUAGUCACGUUCAAGCACCGUUCACUACGGCAAAACAUUUAGAACAUGUUCGUCCAAUGUUCAAAAUUGCGUGGACACCUUUUCUGGCAGCUUUCAGUGUUGGUCUCCAAGAUUGUGACGAUCCGGAAAUUGCCUCUUUAUGCUUAGAUGGUAUUCGUUGUGCAAUAAGAAUUGCUUGUAUCUUCCACAUGACGUUGGAACGUGAUGCGUAUGUUCAAGCACUGGCGAGAUUCACUCUACUGACGGCAAACUCGCCAAUAACGGAAAUGAAAUCAAAGAAUAUUGAUACAAUAAAAACUUUAAUUACCGUUGCGCACACAGAUGGAAAUUAUCUUGGUAGCUCUUGGCUCGAUGUUGUUAAAUGCAUAUCGCAAUUAGAGCUUGCUCAAUUAAUUGGAACUGGAGUGAGACCUCAACUUCUGGGACCUCCCUCAAAACCUCAUUUUCAAUCGCCACUCGCUAAUCUCACAAGUUUAAGUUACAAUAAUUCACAUCAACCCAAUAGUUUAAAUCUCAGUUCACUGGAUCCGAGUGUAAAAGAGUCGAUUGGUGAGACGAGUUCGCAGAGCGUUGUCGUGGCAGUCGAUAGAAUAUUCACCGGUUCAACAAGAUUAGAUGGCGAUGCAAUUGUGGAAUUUGUCAAAGCACUUUGUCAAGUAUCACUAGAAGAAUUGGCACAUCCAACGCAACCACGAAUGUUUUCAUUGACAAAAAUAGUUGAAAUUUCUUAUUACAAUAUGGGUCGUAUCAGAUUACAAUGGUCACGUAUUUGGCAAGUGAUUGGUGAACAUUUUGAUCGUGUCGGCUGUAGUCCUCGGCAGGAUAUUUCAUUUUUUGCCGUCGAUUCAUUACGACAAUUGGCAACAAAAUUCAUCGAGAAGGGAGAAUUUGCAAAUUUUCGAUUUCAAAAGGAAUUUCUCAGGCCAUUUGAGCAUAUUAUGAAAAAGAAUCGUUCGCCAAUUAUACGCGAUAUGGUUGUAAGAUGUGUUGCACAAAUUGUACAUUCGCAAGCGCCAAAUAUUCGUUCAGGUUGGAAAAAUAUAUUUAGCGUUUUUCAUCAUGCGGCGAGCGAUCGUGACGAGUCGGUUGUUGAACUUGCCUUCUCGAUGACUGGAAAAAUUAUUAAUGAACUGUACGCAGAUGACUUUAGCAUCAUGGUAGAUUCAUUUCAAGAUGCAGUUAAGUGCCUAAGUGAAUUCGCCUGUAAUGCGUCCUUUCCUGACACAAGUAUGGAAGCGAUAAGACUGAUUCGAUCAUGUGCCUGUUAUAUCGACAUGAAUCCGAACAUGUUCGCUGAAGGCAUGAUGGAUGACAAUGGAAUGGUGUCUGAAGAAGAUCGAGCCUGGGUGAGAGGCUGGUUUCCCUUGUUAUUUGAACUAUCGUGUGUCGUUAGCAGAUGUAAAUUAGAUGUCAGAACGAGAGCUUUGACUGUACUUUUUGAAGUUGUUAAGACUCAUGGCUCAUCGUUUAAACCGCAUUGGUGGAAAGACUUGUUUCAAGUUCUCUUUAGGAUAUUUGACAAUAUGAAAUUACCCGAGCAACAUACAGAGAAGGCGGAAUGGAUGACAACAACGUGUAAUCACGCACUCUACGCGAUAGUCGAUGUUUUCUCGCAAUUUUACGAGAUUCUCGGACCUAUUCUUCUCGAACAAUUGUAUGCCCAAUUAUUAUGGUGUGUUCAACAAGACAAUGAACAAUUGGCAAGAUCGGGAACUAAUUGUCUCGAGAAUUUAGUCAUCAGUAAUGGAAUUAAAUUUGACGAGCAAACGUGGGAUAAGACGUGUCGUUGUGUUCUCGAUAUUUUUGAAAGUACCCUACCAAAUGCACUGCUCACGUGGAAACCACAAUCGCCGAAUAAGGAAUCUGAUCUCGAUGUCAUCACUGGUGAUUCCGAUCAUAUUGGUAUUUUGAAGAGAACCAACAGCAAUCAGAGUUUAACGAACGGCGAGAAUCAUCGAACGAAAAUUUUCUCCGCUCUACUCAUAAAGUGUGUCGUACAAUUGGAAUUAAUUCAAACAAUUGACAAUGUUGUCUUUUAUCCAGCCACCUCGAGAAAGGAGGAUCAGGAAAAUCUUGCUCUAGCUCAAGCUGACAUGAUGAAUCAUAAAUCAAGUGAAUUAGGCGGUAGUAAUGGUGGCGAUCAACAGAAAGAGGAACAGGGCAUGUAUUGUUCAUUAACGGCAAAUCAUUUAUUACGACUUGUCGAGUGUCUCUUGAAAUCUCAUCGUUUCGCGAAAAAUUUCAAUUCAAAUCAUGAGCAACGAAAUGUUCUUUGGAAGGCGGGAUUUCGUGGGAAUGUAAAACCAAGUCUUUUAAAACAAGAGACACAAUCGCUUGCCUGUGCGUUACGUAUACUUUUUAAAAUGUACAGCGACGAAUCACACAGAAAUGAUUGGUCAAAAGUUGAAACACGUCUCGAGGAAGUGGCACGUGAGGCUUUGGAUUACUUUCUCGCUCUUUCAACCGAGGCUCAUCGUGACGCAUGGACACCAAUUCUCCUUCUCUUGUUAACGAGGAUUUUGAAAAUGUCUGACAAUCGAUUUGCAGUGCACGCAUCAAAUUGCUACCUGUUGUUGUGUGAAGUUAUGUGCUUCGAUCUUAAGCCUGAAUUAAGAUCUGUUCUGCGAAGGUUUUUCCUCAGACUUGGUCCAGUUUUCAGAAUUACACAACAAUAGUUACUAAAAAAUUACUUUGCUGAAUGCAAGGAAUUGUACUUUACAACUGUAUCAUUCUAUAAAUAUUAUUAUACAAAUAUUAUAUAUUAUUUGAAAGAAAACAAAACCACAGAGUAGUGAAUUAUAAAUAAUAAUUAUUCUACUUCGCUAUCGAGGAAUGAGUCAAAAUAAUUUUUAAAAAUAGUGGUUUUUUUUCUUAUAUAUACAUAUAUAUAAAUAGGGAUUAUUUUUCAAAUUAUAGUAUACACUGGAGGAAUGUACAUUUGUACUCGACUAGAAUGUUUAUUAUCAGUUAAUUAAUUUAUGGCGCCUAUUUUAUGAUAAGUUUAGUGCGAUCUGAUUUUAAUAAAUUUGUUUGGUUUUAAACCAAA